AUGAGUUUCUUAGUUUUUAACUAUUAAAAAAAAUCUUUUGUAAAUAUAUAAUUCAAAGAAAUUUACCUUAAAAAAAUUUUUUAAUAUAUUCUUUUUGAAUAAACUAAUAAAACAAAUAAUUUUGCAAAAAUUGUUUAAAAAAUGGGGAAUAAUCAAAAUAAAAAAAACUAAUAAUAAAACGAUCAAAUUUUUGAUUUAAAAAAUUAUCAAUUAUUUUCAAAUAAGAUCCUUUAAAUUGAGUCAAGGUUUUACAAAUAAUUUGAUUACCAAAAAUAACGAUCCUCUGAUAAAAUUGAAGAAUAUAAUUCAAAUUAAAGAACUUUGUUCUUAUAAAUAAGACCAAAAAAGACAAUCGGUGAGUAAUAAGCAUCUGACUUUGCUGCUUAAUUAUCAGAGUGUAAAGACAUAAUAGCAUCAUUGGAUUUAUAGUUUGAGCUCAGAAAAUUAGGUGAUUAAGCAAUAGUUUAUUUAGGAGACGGAUUAUCACAAUGUAAAAAUCUGAAAUGCUUGACCCUUAACUUAUCAUAAAAUAUAUUUGGAUCUGAAAGUUUUAAUGGACUCAUUGAUAAGCUAUCUAAUUGUUAGAAUCUAUUUUCUCUUAACAUCUUUUUAGGAGGAAAUAGUAAUUUAAGUAAACAAAUUUUAUUUAUCAAACUAAGAGACAUCAAAAACUUAUUUGCUUUAAAAGUAAAACUUCCUGCAGUAACUAGAUAUAUAGUUUAUUUAAAGCUGAAAUAAAACAUGCUAAGAUAGUUCAAAAAAUUAGUUGUACUUGAUAUUUCGGUUGUAUUUAUGAAAUGUUAAUUAUAAUGA